UCAGAAAACAAUGUUAGUAAUAUAGUAGUUGAAUUGUUAUUUUUUUUAAUGCGGUAUAGCUUGUAGUUAUAUGGCCAAAUUAAUUGUGUUUUACUUUGAUUCUUUGAUCCAGGUUAGGUCGUCAGUAAUCCGCACCCUUAGGGCUUCAAGGGGAUGACUGUACAAAGCGGAGAUGAUGGACAUACCGCGAGACGCCCUAUUGCGACCUCUGAGUCGCAACGAGGUGCUGGGCUUGGUGGUCAGACUGACCAUCUUCGGGGCCGCCACGUAUUUCAGCAUUAAGUGGGUGGUGGAAGCACUGGACCCCACACACAAGCAAAAGCUGCAAGCCAAGAAAAAGGCAGAGCAGCUGAUGAAACAGAUCGGAGUGGAGGGGAUCAAGCUGAAUGAAUAUGAGAUGAAUAUUGUUGCACAUCUGAUGGACACACAAUGCAUUAAGGUGACCUGGCAGGACAUCGCCGGGCUCGAUGAGGUCAUCACCGAGUUGCAGGACACCGUCCUCCUGCCAUUUCAGAAGCGACACCUGUUUGCGGUCUCCAGAUUAUUUCAGCCCCCCAAAGGUGUACUACUCUAUGGACCCCCUGGCUGUGGGAAGACUUUGAUCGCCAAGGCAACAGCCAAAGCCUCAGGGUGCCGGUUCAUGAACUUACAGGCAUCCACAUUGACGGACAAGUGGUAUGGCGAAUCACAGAAACUGACUUCUGCUGUAUUCUCAUUGGCUGUGAAGAUCCAGCCCUGCAUCAUCUUCAUAGAUGAAAUAGACUCGUUCCUACGGAACCGCUCCAGCCUGGACCAUGAGGCUACUGCCAUGAUGAAGGCCCAGUUUAUGAGCCUGUGGGAUGGCCUGGACACCAGCACUGACUGCCAGGUCAUGGUGAUGGGCGCGUCAAACAGGCCUCAGGACAUAGACCCUGCCAUACUCCGAAGAAUGCCUACCACCUUUCACAUUGGCCUGCCGAACCAACGUCAACGUCAUGACAUCCUAAAGUUGAUCCUAUCUGGAGAGAAUCUCAGUAAUACUGUUAACCUGAGGGAAAUCGCAGAGAGGACAGAGGGAUACUCGGGCAGCGACCUGCGUGAGCUGUGCCGCGAUGCAGCUUUGUAUCGCGUCCGCGACUACGUCCGCAAGCAGCAGAUGAAGCAGAUUGCCCGGCAGCUGCAGGAGUGUGACACCGACGACGGGCCAGUGAAUGAGGACCGUCUGAGACCAGUGACUCAGCUGGAUCUUCUCUUUGGCCUGGACAAGAUGAACGAGUCCAAGCACGCUGAGUCGUCCCAAAGCAAUCUAACAGAGAUGCCCCUGGACUAGAAUGCCUUCCCUUGCCUCCUGUCUCGCACCCUGUCUUGGGGUCUUAUGGCCAUAGAUGAAAGGGUAUCUGUACCACCAGCCACACCUGGACUUUCUGGAGUCUGCAAGGCAGUUGUCUGUCUAUCUGUCUCUCUGCCUAUCGUUCUUCCUGCCGGUCUGUGUGUGUCUGUGUAUUUGUCAUCCUUCCUGUUUUCCUUUCUCAGUCCUGGGUCCAUAACAUUUUGCUAUGGAAAAGAACAGAGUCCUCAGAUUCAGGGGUAAUCCAUUGUCCCUUCCAAAUAAAUGAACAUAUGUGCAUCUUGUCACAAUAAAUGACAAAUAGUGACCUGCAUGCCUUAGAAAUGGAGUCCUAUAGAAAGAGCUUGUAUUUAUAUUUUAAACACUAGGUUGACCAUUUAUUUUAGUAGAUGCUAUCAGCAGUUGCUUUAGAUGUGCACUAAGGUCUGUUUUAUCAGACACUCUUACUACCAUUACUAGAAUGUUUUAUUGGGAAUGCAGUUGAGUUGUUCCUUUUCAUUUCCACUUAUCCUCUGCAUUCUUACUGAAAUGUUAAAGCUCAGGCUUGUAUGAGUCAUUUUCAGAUGGACGUAAUCAGAAACAUUGGCUGUGUGUCUCCAUAGAGACCUGUUCACGUGGUCAAAUGCCUGUCCAUAUCAAUUUUAAUCCGGAAACAGGAUGUAAGGUGAUUAUGAGUGUCGUAACCAUAGUUUAGUGCUUUUUUAUGUGUAAUAUGACUCAUUAGGUUUAAAUUGUCCUGUAAUAGUGAUAAUAAGUCAUUACCUGCAGUUCAUGGUAGUGAAUUUAUUUUGCAAUAUGAAGGAUUUAAAAUGUUUCUUGGUUUCUAUGUUACCACUAGAGGCCACUACUGUUCCAUUUUCAACUUUUAUUUGGGGGGGGAAAAUGUGCCAUUUCCUUUGUAUUAUAUUUUGAAAAGUAUCAAAUGUAAGCUCAUAUUAAAAAUAAUGAACUGA